ANAAAUCAAAAUCAACUACGCCGAGAUGAAAAUGUCAACCAAAUAGAAAUAUCAUCUCACUCUUCCCAAAGACAAGAAUUUGAUGUAAAUGAUUUAAAGGCUGAUCCGGCUGAAAGAACUCCAAUUUUGAAUUAUCAUCCAAACCUUCGUGAUGAGAUAAGGAGGGCAUAUAUCAUUAAAGGUCUUUGUCAACCUCAAAAUCAUCAGUUUCCUCAAACUAAUUUUUUUGGAACACCACGUCGUUUUGUUUAUACAUGGUUUGAUGAAUAUCGCGAUUGGUUGGAAUACAGUAUUAGUGCGGAUGCUGCUUAUUGUUUACCUUGUUAUUUGUUUCAAGGAGAAAACAUUAAUCAAGGUGGUGGUAAUGUAUUUUUGACUAAGGGAUUUACAAAUUGGCAUAGAAAAGAUAGCUUUGCUACACAUAUUGGUCUACCGAAUAGCGUUCAUAAUCAAUCCAAAAGAAAGUGUGAAGAUCUCAUGCGAGAACAACAAUCCAUUCAAGCCGCAUUUUACAAGUUGAAUGAUAAAAGUAAGCAUGAAUAUCGGAUUCGGUUAAACACUUCAAUCGAUGUGGUAAGACUUCUCUUGAAUCAAGGUUUUGCAUUCCGUGGUCAUGACGAGAGUGAAUCGUCAUUGAAUAAGGGUAAUUUUCUUGAAGUUCUUUCUUGGUUAGCUGCUAGAUGUGAUGCAAUUAAACCUUUUGUGUUAGAAAAAGCUCCAAAAAAUAAUAAAAUGACUUCUCAUGACAUCCAAAAAGAUAUUAUGACUGCGUGUAAGAUUGAAACAGUUAAGGCAAUAAUAAAGGAUAUAAAUAGUGACUACUUUGUUUUAUUGGUUGAUGAAUCUAGAGAUGUGUCACGCAAAGAGCAAAAGGCUAUUUGUCUAAGAUAUGUUGACAAAAUGAGGUUUGUGAUGGAGGCAUUUAUUGGACUUGUUCACAUUAAAGAUAUUAGUGCUUUAUCUCUAAAGAAAGCAAAUGUAGAUGUACUUGCUCACCAUUCUUUGACUUUAUCUAAUGUACGUGGGCAAUGUUACGAUGGGGCAAGUAAUAUGCAAGGUGAGCUAGGUGGUCUUAAAACGUUGAUUAGACAAGAAAGUAGAUCGGCUCAUUCUGUUCAUUGUUUUGCUCAUCAACUUCAAUUGACUCUUGUUGCGGUUUCUAAAAAGUGUGUUCAAAUAAUGAGAAUGGCUGAAUUAUAUCCUGAUGAUUUUGAUGGGUCCAACAUGAGAGCUCUUGAGAAUCAACUUGUUAAUUACAUUAUUGAUGUUCGUGAUAUUGAUGAAAGGUUCUCCAAUUUGGGUGGACUUGGAGAACUUUCAAGAAAGUUGGUUGAGACAAAGAAGCAUUUAACCUAUUCUCUCGUAUUUCUUUUAGUGAAGUUUGCUUUGCUUCUACCUGUUGCCACUGCUACAGUUGAAAGAGCUUUUUCGGCAAUGAAGAUUAUCAAGAAUGACUUGCGAAAUCGAAUGGAUGAUGAAUUCUUAGAUGGUUGCAUAGUACCUUAUGUAGAGAAAAAAGUAUUUAAAGAUGUUUCUAAUGAGUGUAUUAUGAAAACAUUUCAAGAGAUGAAGUGUCGUCGAGUGCAAUUGUAG